GAAACUUCCGAGGACGUGUUAGAAUGUUUAUCAGUGAUGGUAAACAACGAGGAGUCCCAAGUGCAAGGCAUACUAGUAAACGAGCACCCACUGCUAGGAGCGACGUUGACCGCGAUAACAUUACCAGAUGGAAGCCAAGCUUUCGUCGCGAACGACCCAGAAGACCUGGAGCUAAAAAACCCCCUGGACAAAGCAACGCGUACGAUUUUAAUCGGGGAGUUUUCAGACUUAUCAAACACACUUGAGCAACCGGACGCUGGAUCGUCAAACCAGCCAGAGAUUCCAGGCGUGGAAAUAAUAGACGACGCGACGACGACCUACAUGUUGACCAGUCACUCAGAGAACCAGCUCUGGGAACUGAGCGGUGAAAAAUGCGGCAAGUCGCCGAAUAAAGAUAAAAUUUUUGUAAAAAAAAUAAGCCAAAGCGCGCAAAAACCUUUCGAGUGCAAGCUCUGCUUUAAAAGGUAUCGACAGAACAGCACUCUUGUGAUGCAUAAACGGACUGCUCACGCUUUAGUUGAGGAUGGUGAUGAAGAGUUAAAUGGUGAUGGUGAUGAAAAUGAAGGUGAAAUUGAGACGGAAGAAAUUGAGGGGAUCGAGGGGAUUUUUGAGUCCAAUUGUGAUAAUUUGAGCAAUGAUCAAACUGAGGAAAAUGCUAAGGAUUGUGAGCUGUUGAUAGAAGGAAGAAAUUCUGGAGAUAAUGCUACACAGAUACUUUUUGUCGGUGAUUCAACGCAAAUUGCUGUUUUGCAGCAUAUUAAUUUCGAAGAAGACUUCAAUGAAGCAGAAAUGGAUUCAACUUUAGAAGGACUGAACAUAAAGAUAGAAGACAUGGAGUUUGGAUGGAAUUAA